AUGGAGAAAAGAGUUUCCAUGCUUUUGUUGUUAAUACUACUUUGUACAUUGAGCAAUGGAGUAUAUGGCAAAAGUAAAGCUAGAAUACCUCGAUUUGAAAUCAACAGGAGGUUAAAGCUUCUCAAUAAAUCUGCAGUCAAGACCAUUAAGAGUGAAGAUGGAGAUAUUAUUGACUGUGUUGAUAUCUACAAGCAACCUGCUUUUGAUCAUCCUGCUCUGAAAAACCAUACUAUUCAGAUGCAACCCAGUUUUAUUCCUGCAGUAGAGACUUCAAAUGGAAAACUCGAGAAUUCUCGACCAGUUGUGUCUCAACUUUGGAAAAGAAGAGGUAGUUGUCCUAAGGGAACUAUUCCUAUCCGCAGAAUUCGAAGGCAGGACUUAUUGAGAGCUAAUUCCCUUGAUGAAUUUGGGAGAAAGAGCCCUGAACAUUUCGAAAGAACAAACAAAACAGCCAACCAAGAUCGCAUUAUGCACCUCAACAACACCAAUGGCCCAAUCCUUAGUCCUACUCCAGAAAAUCGUUCUACUGCAAUUCUUUUGACAUAUGGAUUCAAUUUCAUUGGAGCCAGUGGAGAAAUAAAUGUCUGGAACCCACAUGUGGAAAAACCACCUGAAUUCUCUACUGCUCAAAUCUGGCUUAAGAAUGGAGAAGUGGACAGUUUUGAAAGCGUGGAAGCAGGAUGGAUUGUAAGCUUUUCAUUAUAUGCUGAUACACGGACCAGAUUUUUCAUAUACUGGACGGCGGAUGGAUACAAAAACACAGGUUGCUUCGAUCUCACUUGCUAUGCAUUCGUGCAAACUAGCAAGGAAAUAACUAUUGGUGGAGCUCUUGAGCCAGGUUCAAGUACACAUCAACAACAGUAUGUUCUCCCACUCAACAUCUUCAUGGAUCCAAGCACAAGCAAUUGGUGGCUGAUGUAUCACAACAUUACUGUUGGAUACUGGCCUGGAAGUCUCUUCUAUUUGCUAAAACACAGUGCCACAUCUGUCGAAUGGGGAGGACAAGUUUAUAGUUUUAAUGUCAGGAAAAGUCCACACACAAAGACAGCCAUGGGAAGUGGAUAUAAUGCAGAGCAAUUAUAUGGUUUGGCAUGUUUCAUUGGACAUCCAAGGAUUUUGGAUUAUUCCAAGUCGUAUAAGUAUCCUACUUUUGUUGGGAUUUGGAAAGACGAAUACAAUUGCUACUCUGCCAUUAAUUACAAAGAGGGAAAUGGAAAUAGUGAACCUUUAUUUUUCUUCGGAGGGCCAGGUCAAAGCCCUCGUUGUCCAUGA